CUCUUCUCUUGCUGCUGAAAAAAAUGGUUCUAGAUUUCAGGCUUUGUGUGCGGGUCUUGGGUAGUCAUUGGAAUAUACAUUUUACCUUGUCAUGGCAACCCUGAGUGUGUUCCUUGAACCUCAGACACCCGGAAGUGAAUAAGUGAUCUCAUCGCAAAGCCCAGUUUCUAAACUGCAAGUGUGGAAUGGUGUCGGCGUUCCAUAGCAAACAGCCACACAAACAUGACAUCAACAAGGACUGAAGGAGCCAGACAAAAACCAGAUUCGUAGUUGGCAUCAACUAGCUAGUGAUUCUGGUCUUAACCAUUCUCGUUUCACCAAACAUAGCUAGAGAUAUUCUACUGGCAAUUAGCUUAAAAUGCAGGUAUGUUCUGUAUUAUAUUUUGCCCUGCCCAGGACGAGCAAUCUAAUUAGCUAACGGUCUCAUCAUACAGUCAACACACCUGAACCAGCUAGCUCUGUGUGAAUAAUAACAACGCUCCGUUGAGUGUUGGACGCUCAAGAAUCACCAUGGCUGUGGCCAACACCACCAAAACAUCAUGGAGAUUGCAGGAGAUUGUAGCCCACUCCAGUAAUGUGGUGUGUCUGGCCCUGGGGAAGAACUCCGGUCGUCUGCUAGCCACUGGGGGAGAGGACUGCCGAGUCAACAUUUGGGCAGUCAGCAAACCCAACUGCAUCAUGAGUCUGACAGGCCAUAAUAACCCAGUGGAGUGUGUAAAGUUUAAUAACUCUGAGGAGCAGGUGGUGGCUGGCUCACAGUCCGGAUCACUGCGCGUAUGGGACCUGGAGGCUGCAAAGAUCCUAAGAACUCUAAUGGGACACAAGGCCAAUAUCUGCAGCUUGGACUUCCACCCGUUUGGGGAAUACCUGGCAUCUGGUUCCAUGGACACCAACAUCAAGCUGUGGGAUGUACGGAGAAAGGGCUGUGUGUUCAGGUACAAGGGUCACACUCAGGCCGUGAGGUGCCUGGCCUUCAGUCCAGAUGGGAAAUGGUUGGCCUCUGCUAGUGAUGACAGCACCAUCAAGCUGUGGGACCUGACUGCAGGGAAGAUGAUCACAGAGUUUACAGCACACACCGGAGCCAUCAACAUCAUCCAGUUUCACCCCAACGAGUAUCUGCUAGCGUCAGGCAGCUCUGACAGGACCAUCAAACUGUGGGAUCUGGAAAAGUUCAAGAUGAUUGGCUCUUCAGAGGGAGAGAUGGGACCAGUCAGGUGUCUGGCCUUUAACCUGGAUGGCUGCUGUCUGUAUAGUGGAGCUGUGGACUCCCUGCGUGUGUAUGGCUGGGAGCCCGACCGCUGCUUUGAUGUGGUGUCAGUGGGCUGGGGCAAGGUGGCAGACCUGGCUAUCUGCAACCACCAGCUGAUUGGCGUGUCGCACAAUCUGACUAAUGUUUCGUCCUACGUGGUGGAUUUGACGCGGGUGAAGAAGUCUGGCUCUGUGAUCCAAGGCGUAAUCCAGGACGACCAGCCGCUCACGGAGCCCUCCCCGAAAGGAUCCACGCUGCGACGCAACUACGACAGACCCCUGACCACCUGCAGCACACAGAGGGUAAAGCAGAGUUCUGAGUCAGACCGCCGCAGUCCCGAGGGGGAGAGGAGGAGCCCCAGUAGCGAGGACGAGAAGGAGUCCUCCGCCGAGAUCCGUAACCCUGAGGACUACAAAGAGAUCUUCCAGCCAAAGAGCGCCAUCUCUCGCACCCCCCCAAAGAGUGAGCCCUUCCCUGCCCCCUUGGAAGAUGAGAGUUUUGUGGUGAGGGCUAACCAAGGGUUGGUGGAGCUCAUGACUCCUAUGACUGACAGACAGCAGCCCGGCCUGUUGUUGAACCUUCCCGUGGGAUUGUCCACUCCGGUCCUGAGGGUGGAGCCUACCGUGGCCGCCACGGCGCCCCGUCCCAUCCCUGUGGUAACCGCACGACCUCCGACCUCUAACCACCCCCCGCACCCCCCCCUGCUGGCGAAGGCCAAACCCCAGCCCAGCGUCAUCCUCUCCACCAGGAAUGAACCAAUAGGACUCAACGUGGGAGAUUUCCUGCCUCCUGCUCGUAACAACCGGCCCAGUGUGCUGGGUGAUGACGAGGCUCUGGCCCAGAUCCGAAAGGGCCACGACACCAUGUGUGUGAUGCUCACCAGCCGACACAAGAACCUGGACACCAUCAGAGCUGUGUGGGGCAGCGGGGAUGUUAAGACCUCCUUGGACUCGGCCGUCUCGAUGAAGGAUCUCUCUAUCGUCGUGGACAUCCUCAACAUCGUUAACCUCAAACCGUCGCUAUGGAAACUGGACCUGUGUACCUCCAUCCUGCCCCAGAUUGAAGAGCUUCUGCAAAGCAAGUAUGAGAGUUACGUGCAGACGGGUUGCACCUCUCUGAAGCUGAUCCUGAAGCGUUUCUGGCCUCUCAUCUCGGACACGCUGACAGCACCCCCUUCUGUUGGAGUGGAUAUAACACGGGAGGAACGCCACCAGAAGUGCAAGGCAUGCUACAAGCAGCUGAAGAACCUCAGCAACGUGGUGAAGAACAAGGCCGACCAGGUGGGACGCCACGGCAGCGCCUUCAAAGAGCUGCAGCUGCUCAUGGCCCCACUGGACUACUGACAGUCGACUAUGCAACUGGAGAUGCACAGACCCGAAAUGGCUGAGCACUGUGCUGUGAGGACUCAAGUCUGACUGACUGUAUUCUCUCAACCAUCUGAGUGGUAAAUCAGGGGACAAUCACAGAUUCACACUGCGUGUGGAUGGACGCAGAAACCGGGUGGGAUAUGAGUCCUGUGCCCAUUGCAUCCAGAAGGAGUCCAUGUUAGAGCUCACUGAGUAGGUGUGUUUUCAGGGCGCAGCUCUAUUUAAACACUGGGCACUUAUGAUUCCUUAAUCUGUAUGUAUUUGACUGUGUAAGAGUAAUUAUGUUCUCUGUAACCUUGACAUGAGAGCACACACUUUAAUUCCACACACACACAAACCUGACUAGGGCCGGGUUUCAAUCCGAUUGUGGCUUUUAAAGGUAAUGUUCACGAGGAGAUUCUAUUCACAGUAGAAGCUGCAUAUUUCAAACUGCGAUCGGAUUGAAACCCGGCCUAAUUUACUCUGAUUUCUAUUUAAAUAUUCUCUCAAUCUUUUUCUACAUUCUGUACCUGAGAUGUCAACUCUAGAUGCACUCUUUGAAAGUAGUUAACACUAAAAGAACAUGUUUUUCAAAUAAAGUAUUGUUUAAGGCA